AGCUCGAACCCAAACAUUAGUUGUUACAGAUCAGGUCAGAUCAAGUUAUUACGUACCUGUUUUAACAUGAAGUUCCUUACAAUCGCGCUACUGGUGUGCCUGCUUUCCGUCGUGUGUUGCGAAGAAGCCAGUACAGCAGCAGAGAAGGAGCAGGCGACUACCGAAGCUUCCGACUCGGAGGAAGCCGCCGAAAAGCCGGACGUGGAAAAGGACGACAGCCCGAAGGACAAGCCAGACAUCGACCCGGUCGACUUUCUUGUGGAUGUGAUCAAAAACGGGAUGAAACGUGUUUCCGGCUUCCGCGAUGCGAUCAGCGUGUUGCCCUUCUCGUUUUCUGGCUGAAUUUUCGGAUUCUUCUUGCAAAAAUCAGGAACAAAGCAUGAAAAAUACAAGCUGCUUCUCAGCGUGAAUACUUGACAGUGGA